AUGGAUAGUCAGAGGUACACCAGUCCUGGAGGGUUACAGUAUAUAAUGGAUAGUCAGAGAUACACCAGUCCUGGAGGGUUACAGUAUAUAAUGGAUAGUCAGAGAUACACCAGUCCUGGAGGGUUACAGUAUAUAAUGGAUAGUCAGAGAUACACCAGUCCUGGAGGGUUACAGUAUAUAAUGGAUAGUCAGAGAUACACCAGUCCUGGAGGGUUACAGUAUAUAAUGGAUAGUCAGAGAUACACCAGUCCUGGAGGGUUACAGUAUAUAAUGGAUAGUCAGAGAUACACCAGUCCGGAGGGUUACAGUUAUAAUGGAUAGUCAGAGAUACACCAGUCCUGGAGGGUUACAGUAUAAUGGAUAGUCAGAGAUACACCAGUCCUGGAGGGUUACAGUAAUAAUGGAUAGUCAGAGAUACACCAGUCCUGGAGGGUUACAGUAAUAAUGGAUAGUCAGAGAUACACCAGUCCUGGAGGGUUACAGUAUAUAAUGGAUAGUCAGAGAUACACCAGUCCUGGAGGGUUACAGUAAUAAUGGAUAGUCAGAGAUACACCAGUCAUGGAGGGUUACAGUAAUAAUGGAUAGUCAGAGAUACACCAGUCCUGGAGGGUUACAGUAUAUAAUGGAUAGUCAGAGGUACACCAGUCCUGGAGGGUUACAGUAUAUAAUGGAUAGUCAGAGAUACACCAGUCCUGGAGGGUUACAGUAUAGAAUGGAUAGUCAGAGGUACACCAGUCCUGGAGGGUUACAGUAUAUAAUGGAUAGUCAGAGAUACACCAGUCCUGGAGGGUUACAGUAA